CGGCGCCCCGACCCCUUCGGCCGCUCCGUGGAAGCGGCUGAUAAGCGUCAUCGGGAGCGCGACGACGGAGUGGCGCUCGGGCCCUGAGGAUGCUACUCUUUGGCAUUUACUGCACUCGCUUAGGGAUCGUUUCUCAGAAUCAAGGAGUUAGAAGUAAGCUUUCAGAUAAGUGAGGCCCCCCGCAGUGCUGCUUUCGGACUCAGAAGGGGAAAAUGGAGCUGUCAGGAGUGAAAAAGAAGAGUUUGCUAGGCAUCAAAGAAAAUAAUAAAAAGUCCAGCACUAGGGCUCCCUCUCCCACCAAGCGCAAGGACCGGACUGAAGAGAAAUCCAAGGAUAGGUCCAAGGACAAACCAGCCACCAAGGAAUCCAGCGAGAAGGAUCGUGGGCGUGAUAAAAACCGCAAAAGGCGCAGUGCUUCCAGUGGGAGUAGUAGCACCAGGUCUCGGUCCACUUCCACAUCCAGUUCGGGUUCCAGCUCCAGCACAGGUUCCAGCAGCGGAUCCAGUUCCUCCUCGGCGUCAAGCCGUUCCGGGAGCUCUAGCACUUCUCGUAGCUCCAGUUCUAGCAGCUCAUCGGGCUCUCCGAGCCCUUCCCGGCGCAGACAUGACAACAGAAGACAUUCUCGUUCGAAGUCAAAGCCACCCAAAAGAGAUGAGAAGGAACGGAAGAGGAGGAGUCCUUCACCCAAACCCACCAAGCUACAUGUUGGGAGACUCACCAGAAACGUGACCAAGGAUCACAUAAUGGAAAUAUUUUCCACUUACGGAAAGAUAAAGAUGAUUGAUAUGCCAUUCGACAGGCUCAAUCCACAUCUCUCCAAAGGUUAUGCCUAUGUAGAAUUUGAGAGUCCAGAUGAUGCAGAGAAGGCAUUGAAGCACAUGGAUGGAGGACAGAUCGAUGGCCAGGAGAUCACUGCCACUGCGGUCCUGGCUCCUUGGCCCAGAAUGCCUCCCAGGCGUUUCUCUCCUCCCAGAAGGAUGUUGCCGCCCCCUCCCAUGUGGCGGCGCUCGCCACCUCGCAUGAGGAGAAGGUCCAGGUCUCCCAGACGCAGAUCCCCAGUUCGCAGACGAUCCAGAUCCAGAUCUCCAGGGCGAAGACGACACCGCAGUCGCUCCAGUUCUAAUUCUUCCCGAUAAAAUAUAGAAAAUUGGCAGCACUGUUUUUUUUUAAUCUUAAAGCUCAUUGAGUUUAAAAUGUGUCUUUGAAAAAAUAAAGGAAUGGGAACAGGGCAAAGUGAAUGCUGAAAAACCGAAAAACUAAGCAGACUGGCCAAGAGGAUAGGGUUGAGUUCCUUCCCUUGAACAAUAAUGCUCUUUUAGCUUGGGUUCUGAUGCUCCCAGUGAGAGGCACCCACAUGGACUCUUUCCUCUGAAGACCAAGCUAUGUGUCUGCUGCAAAUAAA